AUGAACACCCCUGAUCAUCCCAUUCAGAGUCCCAUUCAGGUGGCUCCGCGUCCACAAAGAGUCCAAGCUGCUGCUGCUGCUCAGGAAAAGCCGACUAAUAAUAAGCUUGCACUGUACAGCAACUUUCUGUCCGAUGUAGCCCUCAUCGACCGCUUGGCACCCAUCGCAAGCCUUCACAACAACCUUCAGACUGCCCUCGCCCAGUACACUGCCGAUUCCGCCAAUUCUGUGCGCCUCAAUUUUGUAGCCGAUGGUCCCAAGCUACGCGACGCCAGAAAGCUCAUCAUGGAAGACUUCAAUUCGGACCAGAAGCGCAUCGCCCGCAAUCUCGAGACUUCUUCCAGUCGCAAGCGCUGCGUCAACAAUCUGGCAAAGUAUCACAAAGAACUCGAUGACCUCCUCGGCGGUCGCAUUUGGUUGCCCGCUGGCGUCGCUGUCGAAUCCAUCUCUUACGAGAACAUUCUCAACAUUCGAAAGAUCGUGAGGUGGACCAAAGAGGCCAACCGUGAUCCCGCUUCCCUGUGGUCCCCCGACGGCGGCGAAUUGUUCGGCAUCAAGUACACGGGAAGGGCACUCUCCAACAUUUGGGCUCGCAUGUCCCGCCAGCGAGUUGGCCAAGACCAGCCUGACAGAGGUGACGAGCCACGAGACUCCUACUUCCAGACGCCUCCGCACCAGGUUGGUGACGAGGGUGAUUCGGAUGCAGAUCAAGAAGAUGAGCCCGAUGUACAACACCACGUCAAUGGUUCCAUUCCGGACCAGUCCUUCGAUGACGACCCCGUCGAUGAUGGCUUCCUGGACUCUUCUCACCAUGACGAGCGCACAAAUGUCAAUUCCGUCUCCCUCCCUACCAAGGUACAACAGGAUGCAAGACCCAAUUCACGUCUAAGCAGCCCAGAGCAACCCCGUCGCGCGCGCUCAUCCGUCGAUGACAUCGAAUCGCCCUUGUUGCCUCUUCAGACCAAGCCUCUUGCAGGCAAUCGGCUAUUCCUACACGAUGCUGCCGGCUCAUUGGCACGAGACACCAACCCGCCGUCGCCUCCCGAUCUUGCAUCCUUUUCGAGUCCCCGCGGCAUAGGUCAUGACCAUGACGACGCAACUCUACCAAUCCUAAGUCCGACCACGAACCUACGCGAGCAUAGCACACCAUCGCCAACUCGCCCCAAUGACUCCCCUGUUCCGGCACCAGUCAACAACAGCCCUCAAGACCGCCCCUCAAGUCCACCAAUUGUGAGCCCGCGGAAACGAUCGAGAAGUGCCUCUCCGGAGCCAGCCCCAAAGAGACAAGCAACCUCUCGACCUCUGCCAGAUGCCGUUCCACCCACUAUACCUCCUGCCCAUUUCAGCGUUGAUUCAAUCGCCCCCGGCUGUUUGGUCGAUGGUACAUUCAUAUACCAUGUGUUGAACAUGGUUGUCUCUCUCUGCCCGCUGUCAGUUCAACUCGUGGACCCUUUGCUGGCGAUACCAGAUCAACCGUUGCCGUCAAAAUUGGAGAAGCAGAUAUGCUCUCGCCCCGACUCGGUCAUCCUAGCCCCUGUCAACCUCACGCGCAUCUCCCAGCACUGGGUGCUUGCUGUCGCCUCUGGCAACACCAUCUCCAUCUUCGACUCGCUCCCAUCAGCAACGAACGACUCGGAGCUGAAGGCGAGGCUGCAUGGUGUGGCUGCGUGUCUGAAAGCUCGCGGAGCACAACAGUCGGGUAGCGACGGCAACGAGAGUGGCGAGAUUCUUUAUUCUUGGGAAGCCUGUCCACGUCAAACCGACGGCUCCAGCUGCGGUGUUGCCGUCAUGGUGAAUGCCUUAUGCGUUGUGGCCGGUCUCGACAUGCCCGACGACGUACCCGACUAUGCCCUCUGGCGUCGUGUCCUCUCCGCCUUUGCGACUGGUGAUUCCAUCAUGUCAAAGGGCUUCUUCCUCCCGUCGAGUGAGCCCACCAGAGGCCUGGUGUUGCCGGCGUCCAAGAUCACGGCCAAACCACCCCUUCCGAUAUCAGGCGACAUCACCAAGGAGGCUUUCUCUUCGUGGAAGAGAAGUGUGGCCGCAUACGAGGCUUCGGUCAAGAAGGCACUCUGUGAGGCCCACGAGCGGCAUACGCUUGCCAAAGAUACACUGGCCGCCGCCGCCGAGCUCUGGGCCAGUCUUUGCAAGGUCGGCACCGGUCUUUGGAGCCCUCGUCUCCGAAAGACACGAAAGUCCACCGACUUCAUCGACGAGAUCCAAGCCGACUACGCCAGGUACUCAUCUGCGGCGAGCAGCAUCCGGGCCUGCGCCGAUGCGAAUCCAGACAUGGUUCGCAUGAUGGAGGACAAGAUGAAGGAGUUGCGGGUGUUGCAAACCAGACGGACGGCGGUCCUCUCAAGGGUCUCGGCAAUGUCGCAUGCAUUGCAAGAGGAGCAUCUUGCUGUUGAAGGACAGGAGAAAAAAAACUUGUGGAGCUGGGAGCAUAAUGAGGAGUAA